GAGCGCGCGAGGCUCUGUCACGCAGGCGCGUUCGCACGGCGUAGGUGGCGCCAGAGGCCGCCUUGGGGGUUGUGGGGCGAAGGCGCUGUCGCCAUUUUGUAGGGUGUUUGUCGCAGCUAUUGGAGAGGGGAGACGGCGGUUUGGCGACAUUUCUCCGCCAAAGGGCCGUUUGCUUUUGCGGAGAUGCGGCAUUCCAAACGAACUCACUGCCCUGAUUGGGAUAGCAGAGAAAGCUGGGGACAUGAAAGCUACAGUGGAAGUCACAAACGAAAGAGGAGAUCUCACAGUAGUACACAAGAGAACAGGCAUUGUAAACCCCAUCACCAAUUUAAAGAAUCUGAUUGUCAUUAUUUAGAAGCAAGGUCCUUGAAUGAGAGAGAUUAUCGGGACCGGAGAUACAUUGAUGAAUACAGGAAUGACUACUGUGAAGGAUAUGUUCCUAGACAUUAUCACAGAGACAUUGAAAGCAGUUAUCGAAUCCACUGCAGUAAGUCUUCAGUCCGAAGCAGGAGAAGCAGUCCUAAAAGGAAGCCUAAUAGACACUUUGGUUCAAGUCAUCAUUCACGUUCGAAGAGCCACCGAAGGAAAAGAUCCAGGAGUAUAGAGGAUGAUGAGGAGGGUCACCUGAUCUGUCAAAGUGGAGACGUUCUAAGAGCAAGAUAUGAAAUUGUGGACACUUUGGGUGAAGGAGCCUUUGGCAAAGUUGUAGAGUGCAUUGAUCAUGGCAUGGAUGGCAUGCAUGUAGCAGUGAAAAUUGUAAAAAAUGUAGGCCGUUACCGUGAAGCAGCUCGUUCAGAAAUCCAAGUAUUAGAGCAUUUAAAUAGUACUGAUCCCAACAGUGUCUUCCGAUGUGUCCAGAUGCUAGAGUGGUUUGAUCAUCAUGGUCAUGUUUGUAUUGUGUUUGAACUGCUGGGACUUAGUACCUAUGAUUUCAUUAAAGAAAACAGCUUUCUGCCAUUUCAGAUUGACCACAUCAGGCAGAUGGCAUAUCAGAUCUGCCAAUCAAUAAAUUUUUUGCAUCAUAAUAAAUUAACCCAUACAGAUUUGAAGCCUGAAAACAUUUUAUUUGUGAAGUCUGACUACGUAGUCAAAUAUAAUUCUAAAAUGAAACGUGAUGAACGCACACUGAAAAGCACAGAUAUCAAAGUUGUUGACUUUGGAAGUGCAACGUAUGAUGAUGAACAUCACAGUACUUUGGUAUCUACACGGCACUACAGAGCUCCAGAGGUCAUUUUGGCUUUAGGUUGGUCUCAGCCUUGUGAUGUUUGGAGCAUAGGUUGCAUUCUCAUUGAAUAUUACCUUGGUUUCACAGUCUUUCAGACUCAUGAUAGUAAAGAGCACCUGGCAAUGAUGGAACGAAUAUUAGGACCCCUACCACCACACAUGAUCCAGAAAACAAGAAAACGCAAGUAUUUUCACCAUAAUCAGCUAGAUUGGGAUGAACAUAGUUCUGCUGGUAGAUAUGUUAGGAGACGCUGCAAACCAUUAAAGGAAUUUAUGCUUUGUCAUGAUGAAGAACAUGAAAAACUGUUUGACCUGGUUCGAAGAAUGUUAGAAUAUGAUCCAACUAAAAGAAUUACUCUGGAUGAAGCAUUGCAGCAUCCUUUUUUUGACUUAUUAAAAAGAAAAUAAAAUGGAAAUCAGUGGUCUUACUAUAUACUUCUCUAGAAGAAAUUACUUAAGACUGUGUCAGUCAACUAAACAUUCUAAUAUUUUUGUAAACACUAAAUUAUUUUGUACAGUUAAGUGUAAAUACUGUGUGUAUGUUUUGUAUCCAUAGUAUCAUUAUCUUGUUAAGCAAGUAUGGUCUUGACAAUGAAUGAAAUAUAAAAGUUAAAAUUAAUUUUUCUUGAGAUUGAUUACAGUUUUUAAUGACCUUUGGAAUAUCCUUUGUGUCCAGUGAUAAAUGUGAUUGAUCUUGUCUUUUGUACAUGGAGAUCAACUCAGAAGUGAUUUUUUUUGAGUAAAAGAAAAUCUUGACUACUUCAUAAUCUUAAAUGAAUAUUCUUUAUAUACCUCAAAUUUAGAACUUUUCUUAAUUUUAGAAGUUUUUUCUAUAAUUGUUGAACGGGUAAUAAUUAUUAUCAACUCUAGAUAAGCAGGUAUUGGAAACCAAAACCCAUAGAAAAUGUUCACUGUUAGAAUUUUAUUAAAUUGUAAGUAUUGUGUUCUGUUUCAUUUGGUGAUGUCAGUGGGGUAAGUAGACAUUCAUGGAAAGGCAUCCAGUUUGCCCACUGGGACAAGUUGUUUAAUAAAACCACAUAUACACUUCA